GAGGGAGCCCGCGGCCCGCACCCCGCGGCCCGCUCCCCGCGCGGCCCGCACCCCGCGGCCCGCCCGGCCCGGCCACACAAUAAAGUCCGGGGGCGGGCGGGCGGAGGUGGAGGAGGCCGGGCCGGGCGAGCGGCCGCCCCGCGCACCCACCGCCAUGUGAGCGGCGCCGCGGCCUCGCAGGACGCAAACUUUCCCCGGCGGCGGCGCCCCAACUUCCCGCCCCCAGGCCUGCCGCGCGGCGCCGAGACCCCUUAAAGAAGUGAACAGGUCAUGGCACGUUUAACAAAAAGACGACAGGCGGAUACGAAAGCUAUCCAGCAUCUUUGGGCAGCCAUUGAGAUUAUACGGAACCAGAAGCAAAUUGCCAACAUUGACCGUAUUACAAAGUAUAUGUCUCGAGUCCACGGUAUGCAUCCAAAAGAGACCACCCGUCAGCUGAGCCUGGCUGUGAAAGAUGGUCUCAUUGUGGAAACCCUAACAGUGGGCUGCAAAGGCUCAAAGGCUGGUAUUGAACAGGAAGGAUACUGGUUGCCAGGAGAUGAGAUUGCCUACAGUAUGCAGCCUUUCUCCAGGACAGCAGCCCCAAACAAGGACUGGGAAACAGAAAAUCAUGACUGGUAUUGUUUUGAAUGCCAUUUGCCUGGAGAGGUGUUGAUAUGUGACCUGUGUUUUCGUGUGUAUCAUUCCAAGUGUUUGUCUGAUGAGUACAGGCUUAGAGACAGCAGUAGUCACUGGCAGUGCCCAGUUUGCAGGAGCAUCAAGAAGAAACACACAAACAAACAGGAGAUGAGCACGUACUUGCGGUUCAUCGUGUCCCGCAUGAAGGAGAGGGCUAUAGACCUUAAUAAGAAGGGGAAGGACAACAAACACCCAAUGUAUCGGAGGCUGGUGCACUCAGCGGUGGACGUCCCCACCAUACAGGAGAAAGUGAACGAAGGGAAAUACCGCAGUUAUGAAGAGUUCAAAGCUGAUGCUCAGCUGCUUCUCCACAACACAGUGAUUUUCUACGGAGCAGACAGCGAGCAGGCUGACAUAGCACGGAUGCUGUAUAAAGACACCUGUCACGAGCUGGAUGAACUACAGCUUUGCAAGAAUUGCUUCUAUUUGUCAAAUGCUCGUCCUGACAAUUGGUUCUGCUACCCUUGUAUACCUAAUCAUGAACUGGUUUGGGCCAAAAUGAAAGGUUUUGGUUUCUGGCCAGCCAAGGUCCUACAGAAGGAGGACAACCAGGUUGAUGUUCGCUUCUUCGGUCACCACCACCAGAGGGCCUGGAUUCCCUCUGAGAACAUCCAGGACAUCACGGUCAACGUCCACCGGCUGCAUGUGAAGCGCAGCAUGGGCUGGAAGAAGGCCUGUGACGAGUUGGAGCUGCACCAGCGCUUCCUUCGCGAAGGAAGGUUCUGGAAGUCUAAGAAUGAGGACCGAGGAGAGGAGGAGGCAGAGUCCAGCAUCUCCUCCACCAGUAACGAGCAGCUAAAGGUCACUCAAGAACCAAGAGCAAAGAAAGGACGACGUAAUCAGAGUGUGGAACCCAAAAAGGAAGUAAGUGGCCCGCCUUGCAGUGUCCAGGUGGCACUGCAACAGGAAGUAUCUCCCAAGUUAUGGUCAAGACAGUUGGCUCCAACGUACGGCACUUGUGAAAAGGCACUGCCGUCAGAUAACAUCAACCAGGAACCAGAGCCUGAAACUGAAGCCGUGAGUUCCAGCCAGGAAAUCCCCACGAUGCCUCAGCCAAUCGAAAAGGUUUCUGUGUCCACUCAGACCAAGAAGUUAAGUGCCUCUUCACCAAGAAUGCUGCACCGAAGCACACAGACCACCGGUGAUGGAGUGUGUCAAAGCAUGUGCCACGACAAAUACACUAAGAUUUUCAAUGACUUUAAAGACCGAAUGAAGUCUGACCACAAGCGAGAAACAGAAAGAGUUGUACGAGAAGCUCUGGAAAAGCUCCGUUCCGAAAUGGAAGAGGAGAAACGACAAGCUGUAAAUAAAGCUGUAGCCAAUAUGCAGGGUGAGAUGGACAGAAAAUGUAAGCAAGUAAAGGAAAAGUGUAAAGAAGAAUUUGUAGAAGAAAUCAAGAAGCUAGCAACACAGCACAAACAACUGAUUUCUCAGACCAAGAAGAAGCAGUGGUGCUACAACUGUGAGGAGGAGGCCAUGUACCACUGCUGCUGGAACACGUCCUACUGCUCCAUCAAGUGCCAGCAGGAGCACUGGCACGCCGAGCACAAGCGCACCUGUCGCCGGAAAAGAUGAAGGCGGGUCUCGCGGAGCACCAGCGACGAGUACUCUUCUCAGACAAAGCGGUUUUUGUUUCCAAGAAGCCAAAAUUGUUUAGAAUUUGCUUCCCAUUUUGCACCAGCCUUUAAACACUUUUCGUGAAGAAAUUUUGCACAGUAGUUUAAAUCUUUUGUUAAUGCUCCUCCGGAGUUUUUCAGGGGGUAAAAGUAACAUCAGUGGAGGGUAUUAUUUUAAAUAAAUUUUAAUUGAGAAUUUGUUGCAUUUUCAGCAAAUUUUAAAACAUUUUUAGGUUUUACAGAGAUUUUAACCUUUAAACAACAGAUCUUUAAAAAACAACAGGUGAAUACAAGUGAGUUUAACAAAGAAACAUUUAAAAUAGAUCUGAAUGUAAGAACUACAGAACUGUUUCAGAAAUAAAACAUACUACCUUGAUGUGAAAUUUAUUUCUUAACCUUGUUGAGCUGGUUUUGUUCAGCUUAAUUUACUGUUUAAAGGCAUUAUCUAUCUAUUGGUUAUGCCAGUGGGUAUAUGAUUGAAUUUAGGGAACAGGGUUGACACAGCAGGUGCUAGUCCUGCGUAUUUUUUCUUAAAUAUUUCCCAAUUGUGUUUUUCAUUAUUUCUUUUCAAUAUAUAACUUUUAUAACAAAUUAUUAGCUUUGAUCUUGUAGUUUAAAAUUGCAGGGAACUGGGGUAAUCUUUUACUGAGCUGGAUCUUAGAGAAAAUGAAUAUUUAAAAUUUAAAGUUUGCACAUUUCAUCUUUGUCCUAACAUGAGUGCUUGUAACAAGAUAAACAAAAAAUAAAAAGCCAAAAACUACCUUUCUCCAUCCAUGAAAUUAUAGAUGAGGCAUACAAAUUUCUUUAAUGCUUCCCUUCCCUCCCCAAAUAUCAUCUGAUUGCCUAUUAUCUGGUGUCACCUCGUAUAUUGUAAAUUAAUACUGAAAGGAAAGAAAGCACUUAAGUUUCACAGAGGCCGUUAUGUUUGUAGUAAUGGGUCAUUGCCUACUAAUGAACUCCAUCACUGUACACAGAAUGAAGAAUAAUGCAUGUUAAUUUUCUUGUAUUAAAGAUGCCGUGAUUUGUAAAAAGUCUGUAUUUUGCGGAAUGUCUGGAUUAAGAAGCAUUACCAAUAGGAAUGGAUCGAUAGUUGAAUAAUGAUUUUUUUAUACAUAGAUAUAUAAAAUACAGCCAGGAAAAUGUUAAAUUACUUUUUUUUAAAAAAAAAAAAAUCUCGCCAUUUAUGUUUUUCAAAGACUGAUCUUAGACCAAGUCAAAUUCCCAUCUAUCAUUUAGUUAUUUUUUAAGGUUAGAGAAAUAAUUUGUAAAUAUUUAUUUAGACCUUUGAUAUUUAUUAAAGCAAUUACACACCAUGGAAGUGAAAGAAUCAGGAGGAAAACCUUUUAAAAAGUUUUCUCCAGGUUUGUCAGGGUCACUCUAAAGAUGAAAAUGUAACUAAGUCUUCUGUGAAAGAAUUCUCCAUCCAGUCCUGAUGCUGUUGAGGUGGUGACACAAGCUAACGCAGGCUGCUGCACCUGAAUUAGGCAGUGACUGGGCAUCUUGUUCCCUCCCUGUCACUGUGAUGCGUCCGCAUCGCCACGGUGCCGGUGCCGUGGUCUGAGUGAGAUCGUAACCGAGAACACUUACCUUCUCUGAUUGUUUUUCAAGUUUUAAAACUUCGAUCCACCCCUAUGAGAGCAAGUAUUGUGGAAAUAUUUUUGGUGUAAAAUCAUUCCAGAGUAUGUACUAUUUACCUGAUAGCUGCAUGAAAGUAAGAUUCGUGUUACUUUGGCUUUUUUGUCUCCGUUGACACGGUUGCAACAUUUCCAAGUUACUACAGUGUGAAAACUGUGUGUUUAAAAAAAAAAAAAAACAAAAUUAAAAAAAAGAGAUUGUGGCCUGGUUUUGUAAAAGUUUUAGGUAAAAUUACAACUGAUUGUUUUAGGAAUCACUAUUAAAAUUUUUUCUGCAAAUCAUAAAGCUAUAUCAAGGUGUUGAGCUUGGCCACUAUGCACAUUGUAAU